UGACUUGUCGACGGUGAGAAGAUUUUUUUUUUUCUCUCCCCUCUUCUCAAACAGCUCUGCCGAUGUUUCUUCCUACGCUCGUGGAGGACAUGCAUCAUUUCAAACCCAGUCGAGACAGAUUGUACAUCACCAGGUGUUGUGGAUGUUGCCAUGUCCGGACGGGGACCAUCAUCCUGGGAACGUGGUACAUGGUUGUCAACCUGUUGAUGGGCAUCCUGCUGACUGUAGCUGUGACCCACCCAGAGAAUGUGCCCACUAUUGACUUGCAGUAUGAGGUCAUCGACCACUACUUUGCCUCUGACAGGAUGUCUGAGAAUGCCUGUGUUGGAUUUGCCAUCUCUCUGCUGAUGCUAACUAUCAGCGCCAUGAUGGUGUAUGGAGCGAUCACUCAUCGUGACGGCUGGCUCAUCCCGUUCUUCUGCUACCAGCUGUUCGACUUUGCUCUGAGCUGCCUGGUGGCCAUUAGCUCUCUCACCUACCUGCCCAGGAUCAAGGACUACCUGGACCAGCUGCCGGACUUCCCGUAUAAGGACAACCUCCUCUCUAUGGACUCCAGCUGCCUGCUGCUCUUUGUGCUCGUCUUCUUUGCCUUUCUCAUCAUCCUGAAGGCCUACUUGAUCAACUGUGUGUGGAACUGCUACAAGUACAUCAACAACAGGAACAUGCCAGAGAUCGCUGUGUACCCUGCCUUCGAGACCCCUCCCCAGUACAUCCUGCCCACUUAUGAGAUGGCAAUGAAGAUGCCAGAGAAGGAGCCACCUCCUCCUUACAUGCCCGCUUAAGCACCAGCCCUGUUGCCAAAACACACACACACACACACAACCAUAUGCAUUCCUACUUUCCCUCACUAACCCUUUCUGAGCACCACUAAGCCCUUACCCCCCCCUCCCCCCAACCCCCCCCCCCCCCCCCCCCCCCCCCCCCCCCCCCUCUGUGUAUGUGUAGAGCCACUUAAGCGUUUAGUUCAACCCCUCCCUGUGUAUUUCUAAAGAGCCUUCUGGAGGUGUGAGAGGAGAAAAGGUGGGAGAGACUGAAGUCUGCGUGAAAUAAAAUGAAUGAAUGUGAUGUUUGAAAAGCAACAGAAGCUGCUACCCCUCCCACUCUCCGGCCUUUUUUAUGUCUUAGUAAAAGGGAUACAUGUGAAAAUAACUAGCUUGAAAUGCUUUCAUAGAUCCAGCACCAUCCUAUCUAUAGAUUGAUAUGAAGUGUAAAAAGAAUCUAUUAUGACAAUCCACUUAUUAUAGCUCUUACUGUUGAGUUGUGUUACUUUACCCCCCCCCCCCCAUUAUGGAGAUCUAGGCUAUUCCAUCUCAGUACUGAAUGGAGUCUGUAGCACUUUUUUGUCUGUUAUUUAUUUAGUUUUGCUGUGGUUCAGUUCACUUCCACCAGCCCCCGACGGUCUCACCACUUUCUACUGCCCCGAUGUGUUAGCAAAGCUAGUGAGGAGUUUCCCAGCUGAGAACGAGACAGUGACAGCAGAGGGAGCUGAUGAUGGAUCAUAGUCUCUGCUUCUUUCUCAUGCCACAUCUGGAGCAAACAGCUGGUCUUGUGAACAUUAGUAGUUGCAUGCCGAUCAUCAACCUCCCUCAACAUUAUUUUCCUGGUUCUUAUGAUUUGAUCUUACUGUAGUGGAAAAAAAAAACAUUUGACUUCAAUAAACGUUUAAAAAGAAA